AUGUCCAGUCAACGUUCUCAACUGCUUAUCUCAAGUCAAUCAUUAACCACAAUGGAUACAAAUACAAAUGUGACUAAUUCACCAUUGGCUUCAGUUAAUCCUACAGCAGUACCUUGUGGUCAAUGUCUUAUAACAAGUACACAAAAUAUUUUAAGUGGACAACAAAAUCAAUCAACUGGACAUAGACCACAAUUAAGUCAUAAUAUAGCAGGUAUACAAAAAUCAACGCAUACAGUUAUACAUGCAGCAGGUGUACCAGCUGUUAUGGAAACUUAUGUACAAGGUAAUCGUGGACUGAUUGCUCACUAUCCAUUAGGAACAAAUACAUUACAUGAAAUACAAACACUUCCACGAGUUGUCGAACAAGUUAAUACUACUACUGGUACUGGUACUGUACAACAAUCACAACUUGGAGCUAAUUAUCGUCCUAUAUUGAUUGCAAAUACAGCAAUAAAAGGUCGUAACACACCUGGAAGUAGUAGUUUACCAAAUAAUCAAACAUAUCAAAUGAUUGCUUAUCCACGUCAAGCUUUAAAUAUAGUACAAACACAUGGGAAAAAUUCACAUGCCCUACCAAUUGGUACUAUUAAUACUACAACUGGUGCUACGAACUGUGGCAAUACUCAUAAUAAUUUGAUGUUGGCUAGUGUAAUUACACCUGAAUGUUUAACAACUGAUUCUAGCAAUAAUGCAGCUCGUAUUGCACAUCUUCUAGCUCCUUCUGGAACACAUCCUACUGCGGCUAACUCAACACAUAUUGGUGGUAAUGCUCAAUUUCUUGUCUAUUAUCCUCAACAAUCAAAUACUGGCAUUAAAGUUCAUGCGAUUGGAUCACCACAAUCACUUCCAGCGACGGCUACCCCAACAACAACCAUUGUUCACUCAACACAAGUACCUUCAACAAUUAAUGUUGCCAUUGGUUCAGUUACAAGUGGUAUUUCCACUAGUGGAAUUCAUUGUACACCUAUUACUGGUAAUCAUGUAGCAUUGAAUUCAUCAACAAUUAUACAAAAUGAAGAUUCAACUAAUACCACUGCUACCACUAAUAAUAAUAGCAGUAGUAGUAACCAACCACAACAACCAUAUACAAUAUAUUAUGCUUUACCAACAAACGAUUUACUACGUCAACUUAAAUUAAAUCAUCAAGCUAUUCAAAUCGAUUCAAGUGCAUCAUCAAGACCACAAAUUAUUCAAACACCAGCUGGUUUAAUGUUUGUUCAAUAUCCUUCACAAUAUCAACAAUCUUCAACAGGUAGCUCAUCACCAAGUAAACUCAAUACUGGAUCACAACAACAACAAAAUCAACAAAUACAAAAUGAUAAUACAUUACCACGUAAUACAAUGACAUCAACUAAGCAUAAUAUACAAGCAAUAGGUGUUGUUAAUACUGGAGUACCUGUUAAUGCUUCAAUUGCUGGUAGUCAUGUUGAUUCAAAUACAUUACCACGUCAUACACGUGUUGAACAUGUACAAGGUUCCGGAUUAAUUUGCACUUGUCCACCUGAAGUUCAUCAAGCUAUUUUUGAACAACAAAAGAAACGUCAACAAAAUCAAUCAUCAACAAUGAUACUGACUGGUUUAUCACCAUUGAAUAAAAUCAGUACAAUUGCAACAACCACUGGCACUAUUACUACGACAAUGGCUAAUAACAAUAGUAGCAAUGCUAAUAGUACAAUAUUUGAAGUUUCAGAAAUGGUACCAGGUAUUGUGACACGUAACUCGCCAAAUGUAGCAGUUGUGAAAGAAAACGGUUUGUUAACAAGAAGUUGUACUGAGAAAUUCUCUGAAGAUGAUUUAAACAAUCAAAAAAAGAAUCUUCAACAAUGUCAUCUAACUAAUUGUACAUCUGGUCUAUCAAAUACAACAACAGAUACAUUAAGAAAAACUAUACAAUCACAAACUGUUAGUCAUAAUAGCACAAUGAAUCAUCAAUUAUCAGAUGAAAUAACUGAAAAAGAAGCUCAUGUAAAUUAUUUGGUUACUUUAUUUCAAGCAUUAAAAAGUUCUGGUGUACAAGCGGAUUCUUUCAAAGAAGCAUUUGAACGUAUUGAUCUACCAGUAACGAAUUCAAAAUUAUUACCGAAUUCAAUUAAUCUACAUGAUAAAAAACAAACUUUAUUAAAGACAAAACUUUAUCAAGUUGAUGAAAUACGUAAAUCAAUAAAAUCAUUUUACCAAUUAAUCAAUGAAUUCAAUCGAAAAUUUACAUUAGAUAUAAAUAAUUGUAAUAAAAUUGUUACAAAAUUAUCCAAUCAACAAACAUCAGUAUAUCAUACUAUACUUGAUCCAAAAUUAGAAAUGAUUCAAAAUGAACGAAGAAAUUUAGAUAGAUCAUUACAAGAAAUGUAUAAAAUUAAUACUUUAUUAAGUGAACAAUUACAUGAUCUUGAAUGUGUUAUUGAACAAACUGGUAAUGAUGUAUUACAACAUCGUUGUCGUAUCAAUUUACCAUAUGUACAAACAUUAGAGAAUAGAUUGGAUUCAAUUAAUUCAACUGUUAGUUUAGCAUGUGGUCAUUAUCCAGAAAUUCAACAACUAUUGAAUAAUCGUGAAGAAAUGGAAGUAAAAGCUAUUGAAAUUCAAAAAAGUGUACUUGAUGAUCAGUUAUAUCAAUUGAAGGAUGUAAAUGAAAAAUGUAAACGUAUUAAAGGCACAAUAUUAACUUUAAAACGGCUUGCAAUUGUAAAUAUACAAAAUCGACAACGCUCGAAUUCCCCCAGACGUUUUACUCAUCUCGGUGGUUUUGUCAAUCGAGCGGCUGCUGAUCGAGGAAGUAUUGAACGCAGUCGGUUAUAUGCUGCUGUACAAAAUAUUCAACCGGAUUCAGAGAAACGACUACAAGCAAUCAGAAAGCAAGAAAUGCUGGCUAUCCAAAAAAGACGAGUAUUCUCCAAUGAAAAUCUUUCUACUAAUACGCUAUUAUUCACAACGCUUGAAGGACAAAAAUCUUUACAAAAUAAAAAUAUUAUACCUCCAGUUUUAGAAUCAGAUAAAAGUUUAUUAACAUCAAAAGAAUUGAAAACAUCUACUACAUCCACUAAUACAAUGGAUAAUAAAGAUGAAAAACGUGCACCAUUAGCUGCUUAUUCAGAUGAUUCACUUAGUUCUACAAAUACUACAAGUACAAUAGAUUCAUCAAAUAAUAAUGAAUUAAUUAAAAUACAUCAAUCAUCUAAAGGUUUUAAUCCGGAUACAAUUACAUCAAUGAUGGAUGAAAGUAGUGAUAGUACAUUAGAAAAUGUUCAAUCAAUAAUAAUGCCAACAAGUAUUCUUAAAAGUUCUACUACUAAUUCAUUGCCUAAUUCAAAUUCUCCAAAACAGCGUAAUCGUUUAAGUAGUCGUGGAUCACGUGGUGUUAUGUUUAAUACAACAGUUACUGUAGAUGAUGGUUCUGAAGUAGUUCGUUUAAAUUGUACAUUAGAUGAUUCUGAAUUGAGUAAAAAUAAAGUACCACCAACUGAUCGAUCAAAUUCAUCACCAUUGAGUAGAAUUGGUGGGAUGUCAGAUAGAUUUUCUCGUUCAAAAUCACCACAUGUUAGUAAAAUUGCUACACCUAAGUCAGGACUGUCAACAUCUAGUGUAAAAAGUUCUACAACACCAAAUAAUAAUUCAUCGGAACCAAUGUUUACUUCACAAGUUAAAGGAGAAACAAAGUCAGAUACAAGUUUAAGCAAUUUGGAUUUCCCACAAACAAGUGAGUUUGGUUAUAAUGCACCUACACCACCGCCCAGACGAAGCAGUCAGGUUACGACUACAACAGCAAAUACAGAUGAAGAUAAUACAUUGAAAUCUACAACUUAUUCCAGUAGACAAGAUAGCGAUAAGAUUGAAACAGUCUCUUCAAUGUCCAAUAAACGACAACUUCCACUUCCUACAAAUAAUGAAGUUAAUGAAAAUGUAACAAGUCCAUGUGAAUGA